AUGCAGCCACAACUCUCCCACGGCGCUUCCGACCCACUUCGACCGUCUAACGAGCCCCGCGAUGGCAAGCGGCACCUACGCCCUGCCGAGCGUCAUGCAGUGUACGAGACUCUGCUUGGUGCCUCCAGCAACGGCACGCUCCCUCGCGGCAUCAUCGUCCGUGUUGCUGCCCAGUUCCACUGCCAUGCGCUUACUGUGUCGCGCAUAUGGUCGCAAGGCCAGGAGUCCAUCCGCGGCGGCCGCAUCUGUGCCGACGUUGCUUCAAAAAUUCGCGGUGCACUGGUUUAG